AUGAAGCAGCGAGCAGGCGGCAAGAAGUUUGCGCCAAGCCGGAAUGGCAAGAAUGGGAAAGUGGCGAAGCCUCCAAAGAGCGCCAGCAAGCAGAUCAGAGACGUGGAGCGACUGCUAAAGCGGCCCGACCUGGACCCCAAGAUGCGGGAGCGGCAGGAGGCCAAGCUUCAGGAGCUGCGAGCGGCGCAGGCGGAGCAGCAGCGCAAGGAGCUGGAGCGCAAGUAUGCAAUCCGCUUCUUUGAGCGUGUCAAGCUGGAGCGGCGGCUGCAUCGCCUGCAGGCGCAGCUGGCGGCAGCGCGUGGGGCAGAGGGUGGUGAGGCGGGCGCCAGCGCCGGCGGCGAGACUGCGCUGGCGCAGGUGCAGCAGCAGGUGGCAGCAGUGCAGGAGGACCUGCUGUAUGUGCUGCACUUCCCCAAGGGAGAGAAGUAUGUCUCGCUGCUGCGCCAGGCAGACGACCCCGCAGCGCAGGAGAAUUUGGAGGCGGAGCGUGCACGGCUGCGUGCGCUGGUGAAGCGCCAGCUGGCAGAGGCUGCCAUGCUGGCAGAUGCGGAUGAGGGUGCGGCGCUCGCCAAGGGUGCUGCUCGGGCGGGUGGCGCAGGUCUGGCUGAGCAGCACGAGCAGCAGGCACCUGCGCAGUCGGAUGACGAGCAGGAUGACUUCUUUCUGGGCAGCGAGGAUGCUGAAGAGGAAGAAAUGGAGGCCAGUCAGCGACAGGGUGCGGCGCCUGCUGGCGGGGCGCCUGCCGCAGCCAGGGGGGCAGCGCCUGCAGCUGCUAGCAAGCGGCUGGGGGCUGCGUCAGGCAAGCGCAAGGCGCAGCAGGUUGAGCCAUCUGAGGAUGAGGAGGACAGCAGCGACGAUGAUGCGAGCAGCAGCGAGGAGGAAGAGGAGGAGGAGGUGGAGGAGGAGGCCAAGGUUGCCAAUGCGGCGGGGUUGGACAAUAGGGGGCAGGGGCUGCAGCAGCAGCGCCAACAUGGCAGCAAGCUGUGGCAGCAGAAGAGCCUCCAGAAGCAUGGCAGCAAGCCGUGGAAGCAGCAGCAAGAUGGCAGCAAGCUGUGGAAGCAGCAGCAGGAAGGCGGCAAACCAUGGAAGCAGCAGCAGCAACGCGGCAAGCCGUGGAAGCAGCAGCCUGGUGGCGGCAAAACCCCGCAGGGUCGACCCAAGCCCGGGGACAAGCCGCCACCCCCAGACCCCAAGCAGCCGCUGCGCAAGCGUGACGAGGGCGGCAGGAAGCGGCGGAAGAAGAAGUGA